AUGUUGCGCCUGUCAGGACCAACUCUCGCCGAGCCAUACCUGGCAUUUUUGAGCCUCAUGACACGGUAUCAAAGAUCGCUCGUUAUGCGCCAAGUGCAGCCCGAUAUGGUCAAAGCUGCAAAGGGACUGCAAUACUUGCGGAAUGUGAAGAUUACCCAAGAAUCCGAUGCCGCUUGCGCUCUCUUUUUAGGCCAAACAAUCCCAUUCGAUCCUGCGAAGCGCACUUAUAUCGACUAA